AUGGCGAACUCGGUCAGCGAUGAUGAUCCACGAUCGGAAAAGGGACAUGGAAUUCCCACAAACACGUCCGAUGUCGAGACGGGUGGACAGGACACCUCGGUCACCGGAAAGCCGUGGAUGUACAAGCCAAUCAAACUCGGCCCCUGGACAUUCCCGUGGUUCGCUUCCCCCGAAACCCAAUUGAUCCUGGUCUCCUUCGUUUGUUUCCUCUGCCCAGGAAUGUUCAAUGCCGUCAGUGGCCUGGGAGGCGCCGGUCAGCUCGACAAGACCGAUGUGAACAACGCCAACACGGCCCUGUAUAGCACCUUUGCCGUAGUGGGCUUUUUUGCCGGUUCCAUUGCCAACCGCAUCGGCCUCCGCAUGACCCUCUCCAUCGGCGGUUUCGGCUACUUUCUCUAUGUGGCGGCGCUUCUGUCCUAUAACCACAACAAAAAUGACGGCUUUUUAAUUUUUGCUGGUGCGCUCCUGGGUGUCUGCGGGGGUCUGUUGUGGUGUGCUCAGGGGGCGGUCAUGAUGAGUUACCCGACCGAGCAGGAAAAGGGGAAGUUCAUCUCUGUCUUCUGGGUCAUCUUCAACCUAGGCGGCGUGAUUGGAAGUCUAGUCCCUCUUGGCCAGAAUCUGCACUCCAACACCGGUACCGUCAAUGACGGUACUUACAUCGCCUUCUUGGUCCUCAUGGCCAUAGGGUUCGUCCUUGCCUGGGUCCUAUCGGAUUCCAAGUACAUCAAGCGCAAAGAUGGAUCGCGUGUCAUCGUCAUGAAGAACCCCACCUGGAAGUCCGAGUUGCUGGGUCUUUACGAGACCUUGCGUUCCGACUACUACAUCGUGCUGCUAUUUCCGAUGUUCCUGGCAAGCAACUGGUUCUAUGCGUACCACUUCAACAGCGUCAAUGGCGCUUACUUCGACAUUCGCACACGCUCUCUGAACAGUCUUCUCUACUGGCUGAUGCAAAUGGUUGGAGCGCUGUUUUUCGGCCAAACUCUGGAUCUGAAGUGGUUGUCGCGUCCCAAUCGAGCCAAACUCAACCUCUUCCUUCUGCUUGCUAUCACCAUGGGCACCUGGGGUGGCGGGUAUGCCUUCCAGAAGGGCUAUACCCGCGAGACGGUUGAGGCCACGAAGGACUGGACCGACAGCGGUUACGUCGGACCCAUGUUCCUCUACAUAUUCUACGGUUUCUACGACGCCGCGUUUCAGACUUGCACAUACUGGUUCAUGGGAUCCCUCAGCAACAACGGUCGCAAGCUAGCCAAUUUCGCAGGUUUCUACAAAGGCAUCCAGUCCGCCGGAGCGGCAGGAAUGUGGCGAAUGGACGCCCAGGGCGCACCAUUCAUGACAGAGUUCGCCUCCUGCUGGGGCCUCCUCGUCGGCAGCCUCCUAAUCGCAUCCCCAGUCAUCCUGUUCAAAAUCAAAGACCACACAGACGUCGAAGACGAUCUCAAAUUCUCCGACGAGGCCCCACAGGACGUCAUCGGGAGCGAUAUCGCCCUGGAGGAUCAAGAACCUGCGGCGAAGAAGGACGAGAAACGCAUAUCCGUGACGCAGUGA